UAUCUCCUCUUCCUUAGCAGUCAAAAGCACAACAUGAGAUUCACCAGAGUUCCUCUAUGUAGAGUUUCUCCACUUUGCUCCAAAGCUUUCUCUCCAUUCCCACCCAUCUCUUUCUCUUUGCCCAUCUCCUCCGUCCCUCUUCCAUGGCGUUCUCUCAGUUCCAUCACUACCUUUGUCUCAGCUUCCCAAACCCAACACACAUCAAAGACGAACGAAACCCCCCGUUGGAAGCCCAUGUGUUUGUACUACACCCAAGGAAAGUGCACCAUGAUGGAUGAUCAUAUGCACCUGGAGAAGUUCAACCAUAACCGCUCCUGGGAUCUUCAAGUUGAUGCUUCCAAGUUAAAUAGAACCUGUUCUCAGAAUUUGGAUUUCUUUCUUGUGUUGGAUUUGGAGGGCAAGGUUGAAAUUCUUGAGUUCCCAGUGUUGAUGAUUGAUGCCAAAACUAUGGAAGUUGUCGACUUUUUUCAUAGGUUUGUGAGGCCCUCAGAAAUGACUGAACAAAGAAUAAAUGAGUAUAUUGAAGGAAAGUAUGGAAAAUUUGGAGUCCAUCGUGUCUGGCAUGAUACAGCUAUACCAUUUAAGGAUGUUCUUCAGCAAUUUGAAGACUGGUUGACUCAUCAUCACUUGUGGGAAAAACAUGCAAGUGGGUCUCUAAAUAGAGCUGCAUUUGUAACUUGUGGAAACUGGGAUUUGAAGACAAAGGUCCCUCAGCAGUGCAAAGUGUCAAAGAUGAAGCUUCCAUCAUAUUUUAUGGAAUGGAUCAAUCUCAAAGAUGUGUACCUUAAUUUCUACAAGAGGAGGGCUACGGGAAUGGUGACAAUGAUGAAGGAGCUCGAUAUACCGUUGGUGGGAAGUCACCAUCUUGGAUUUGAUGACACGAAGAACAUCUCGAGAGUAUUGCAACGCAUGCUUGGGGAUGGCGCACUUAUUCCAAUUACUGCGAGGAGGAAGCCUGAUCAUCCCAAUGAUGUGGAAUUUUUAUUCAAGAAUAGAAUAAGAUAGCUGUUUCUAGCUUUAUAUUUCUCUGUUAAUUGUUAACUUCUUUGUAAAAUAAAUAACGAAAGAGAAAGAGGCUGAUUCAGUUCCUCUUUCUCUAUCACAAAGCAGAGCUGACACAUUUGGGUGGAAAAAGGAUUGCAAAAUUGUUCUCUAUAAAAAGGCGGACCACAGUGUCAAAGAGGCUCCUAUACUAUGACAGGUUCGGGAGAAAGUUCAAUCUCAUAUGUACGCGGCCUUAUCCCCGAAGGAGAGGCCGGUCAAAAAAGGAUUGCAAAAUUGCUCUCUAUAUUAGCAAUUAUUAGGUGCUGGAGUUGGCUUGUCUUAUUUUAUUUAUUAGAAUGCUUCGCUA